AUGUCUUUGGGGCAACGUAUUUCCGGCGCGGUUGCGGUUCUCCGGGGAGCCACGACGGAGGCCAAGGAGGGCGGCGGCCACACGUCGUGCGUGGAGGAGAUCGAGAAGAUGACGUCCGAGGAAGAGAUCGAGGCCAAAGCGCAGCACAAAGUGACGGCGCUCGACAGGUUACAGAUGGUGAUAGAAUGGAUGGGAAGUAACAUGCUUCUGGCACUGACCAUCGCUGGAGUUUUGAUGGGUCUGGGUCUCGGGUUUCUGGGUCGAUUGGCCAAUCCCACGCCGCAAUUUAUAACCCUCGCCAGCUUUCCGGGAGAGCUCCUUAUGCGGAUGCUGAAGAUGUUUAUCCUGCCACUCAUCAUCUCGUCGUUAAUUUCCGGAAUGGCACAGCUGGACGUUCAAAGAUCAGGAAGGAUAGGAAUCAGAGCGUUAACGUACUACUCGAUAACGACCAUUCUCGCCGCUAUAGUGGGCAUCGCGAUGGUGCUGAUGAUCCAUCCGGGUAAUCCACAGAUCAAAAGUACGGUCGCGGCGGUGGUGAAGGCCGAGGAGACGAAAGUCUCCACCGUAGACGCGAUCCUCGACAUAAUUCGAAACAUGCUGCCGGAGAACCUGGUGCAAGCGUGCUUCCAGCAGGUUCAGACUUCUUACGUGAAGAAGAAAGUGCUCGUGAUCGGCAGCGCGAAUCAAAGCGAGUACAUAUUGGAGCCGACCUUGGUUUAUAAGGACGGCACGAACGUGAUGGGCAUGAUCGUGUUUUGCAUCAUCUUUGGCGUGCUCGCGGGCCAGUUGGGACCGCGCGGCAAACUGAUGGUGGACUUCUUCGUGGUGUUGAACGAUAUUAUCAUGAAACUCGUCACGAUCGUCGUCGUCUGGUAUUCUCCGUUUGGAAUUAUGUGUCUGAUAGCUGGAAAAAUCAUGUCGAUCACAAAUCUAGCGGCAACCGCCGAGAUGUUAGGUCUGUACAUGGUGACAGUUGUAUUAGGCUUGAUGAUCCACGCGAUCAUCACGCUGCCGUUGAUCUACUGGUUUAUAACCCGAAAGAAUCCAGCGGUGUUCUUUAGAGGCAUGAUGCAAGCCUGGGUGACGGCCCUGGGAACCGCUUCGAGUGCGGCGACCUUGCCCAUAACUUUCCGUUGCCUCGAAGAAAACAACAAGAUCGAUACGCGAGUGACGCGCUUUGUUGUGGCGGUCGGUGCCACCGUAAAUAUGGACGGCACAGCUCUUUACGAAGCCGUGGCCGCGAUCUUCAUCGCACAAAUGAAUGGAAUCUCAUUGGGAUUCGUUGAAGUCAUUACCGUCAGUCUUACGGCUACUUUGGCGAGCGUUGGAGCCGCAAGCAUCCCCAGCGCAGCCUUGGUCACCAUGCUGUUGGUGCUAACUGCCUUGGGUCUCCCUACGGACGACGUUUCUCUGUUAUUCGCUAUCGACUGGAUGUUGGAUCGGAUCAGAACCUCGAUAAACGUUCUGGGCGAUGGCUAUGGGGCUGGAAUAGUCUAUCACUUAAGCAAAGUGGAGCUGGACAAGAUGGACGAGGAAAGGAGAGUGGAGGCUUUGGAAACCGGAAGGCCUUUCGAGAUCGCCACCGAGAUCUGUCGAGAAGAAACAAAAGCACACGAGCAAACCUCCGAAACGAAAAUCUGAGGUCUUCCCACAGAUUUCAGCAAAGUGGCGCUGUUUCGCCAGGAAUUUUAUCCGUCAGUUCGCAAGAACUAAUACUUGUCCUUGUGUUAAGUAUAUUUGUGUAAUGCAAUUGACUUUCACUGCCGAAAUCGAGUUAUUCCCGUGAGUUAAAUUUAACACCCAUUAAAAUAAGCUAUACAUAUCAUUAUUAAGGAUGCGGUAGGUAUGACUUUGAUUUUAUUUAAUGAUAUGAAUCAAUUUCCAUUUUUGUAGACAACGUUAGCCAAUAGCGAGUGGAUAAAAGCAUUAAAAACACCGAAGUAGAAAAUGAGCAUGUUAAGUACAAACUAGUGGAAAUUGUGUAUCGAUUUCAUAUUUCUUUCCCUAGUGAGUGAGAGAUUCUUUUACUUUAGAAUGUCAAAGAAUGUACGUAGAAAUAAUCAUGUACAGUAAAAUAAAAAUAUAAAAUGCAAUAAAUUAUUGAAAAUUGUCAAAGCGCUUAAGAUGUUUAGCGAUCGACGAUAUUUAAAGAAGAAAUGUUAUAUCAUGAAUAAAUUUAAGCGUUUUAUUUCAGUGAUUAAAGAUAAUAUUAAUUAUUGAUUAAAAUACUAGCUGUUGAUAACGGUGAUUAAAAUAGUGAACUAUUUGCACGAAUGUGUUCACAGCCGUUGCAUGUAUAAGUAUACAUAUGUAUAUGGUUAUCAGAGUAAUCUUCAUCAAAUAAUUGUAACUCAGUAAUUAAUAAUUUAUUAUGCAAAUAUAUAUAUCAUGUCUAUA